UCGCUCCCAGAGGGGCGCUUUCGCGUCCCCCCGCUGCCGCCGCGCCGGGACCGGGUGGGGCUGCCCCGCCGCCAUGGUGCACGCCUUCCUGGUCCACAGCCUGCGCGGCCGCCCCGGGGACGAGGCGGGCCACUGCCGGGUGCUCUAUUCGAGGGUCUUCGCUCCGGAGGCGUCGCAGGACGCCCGCCGCCAGGAUCGGGAGAAGGAGCGGCUGCGCCGGAAGGAGCAGAUCCUGGCGGUGGCCAGGCAGGUGGAGUCCGUGUGCAGGCUGUCGCAGCAGGCCUCAGGGAGGCCGCCCUCGGAGCACCUGCUCCAGCUGCCGGAGGAGCCCCCGUCGCCGCAGGACGCCCCCGCGGGGGUCUUCCGCCUCGCCGCAGGGGACCCCUUCCCAGAGGACAAGGCCGUGCUGUGGCUGGGCGUCCAGUGCCUGGCCUUCGCCCUGGUCUGCGACCCCCACGAGAACCUGGCGCUGGCCGAGGGCACCCUGCGCCUGCUCGCCAGGGCCCUCCUGGAGCACCUGAAGCCGCCGAGCGCGGCGAGCGAGCUGCUGCUGAAGGCCGACCGGGCCGAGGCCGUGCUGGGCAAGCUCCUGCCGCAGGGGCAGCUGCUCUUCCUGAACGACCAGUUCGUGCUGGGGCUGGAGCGGGAGCUGAGCGCCUCGCUCUGCAAAUAAAGGGGCGCCGAGCGGACCGUG